CGUCAGAGGAAACAGCUGUUAACGGAAGCCAGGAUAAACGAUCUCCCUGAAGUACACCUUCCCACAAGCUUGCAUCUAACACGAUGAAGUGGCUUUCCUUGUUGGUUUGUGUGUCUACAUUGACUGUUCUUGUUCAUGGAAACACGUCAACAGAGGAAGGUUGUCCCGAAGGAAAACAAGAAGGUGAUAAAUGGACAGUCCAUGACGAAAGGGAAUGUCAGUCAUGCAGGUGUGAAGAGGCAAUAACGGUCUGCAAAGAUUGUUUGGAAAUACAAGACCCAUUUAUGGUGAUCCCCGGAUGCUACCCCAAGGAGACGCAAGUCAAAGAUGGUGACUACCCAACGUGUUGUAAAAAGGACAGAAACGUAUGUUCUACAGACAAGGAUUUCGACAUGUCUGAACUGGAGGCCUUUCAGAGCCAACAGAUGGUGGACAUUGCCCGCAAGAAGAAGAAGUAGAUUGUGAUUAACUCCUGAUUGUUCAGUGUGCUUCGUGAUUGAAACCUUUCAGGAAACAUAACUUGACUUGAAAUCAUGUAUUAAUUGUUAAGUGUUGAAAUAUUAAAAUGCAUUAACAAUGCCA